CUUUAUUCUAAGUUACCGGCGGGAUUGUUGCGUUUGUUUGGAUUUGGCUUUGAUUUCAGCAAUAUUUAAGAAAUGGAUCUCGAUGCAGCUGGAGCAGCUCAAAGUCCGACGGAGAUGCGUUUUUGCGGACUGGGCAAUCACAAGUUGAGAACCCCGUACCGUAAAUUGACAAAUCCGUAUUUGCUGCGUUUUGCCAAAAAGCUUUCCUCUGAACUUAUGGAGGGUUCACUUCUGUGCCGUACUUGUUAUUCAUCUCUUGUCCGGUUUUAUAACGUAAAGAACGACCAUGCCAAGCAACAUGCUCUCAACAGGGAGGCGGAGAGCAUUUCGGAUGUCAGCAGCAGUCAACGGAUUAAUUCCUCUCAAGACUCCGGCUCCGCAGUGUCGGUGAUCCCGGCAGAAGGUUCCAAGUCCAACCUGCCAGACGGCAUCGAUCAGCCGCUCAUUUGGUCCGAUACUAGUUCCGAAAAUCCCACAGCGGAUGUGUCAAUACCCUCGUCAGAUGAUAGACCCACCACGAGUGCUGCUGCGGCCAAGAAGCGACAGCGCCAGGCCGAAAACAUCCACAAGGCACCAUCGCCCAAAAGGUCACGCCCUGUAUUGGUAUCCCCGAACACGGACACGGACACGUCCAUCAGUGAUGACUACGAUGCCAACUCCAAUCUGAGUCUUAACGCCGUGAAUGGCACUCGUCUGCCGCACAUCCAGCCGAUACCAAAGAGGCGCCAGGUUGUGCACCCAAACAAGAAGGCCAUGGACAUUUAUUUGGCUGGAACCACGGGAGGAUAGCUAGAUAGAUACUUAUCUAACAACUAAAGCCAUUUGAAUCCUAAUUUUUGUUUUGUUUGUAAACCAAAUUUGCAUUCUCAACACAAUGUUUAUCUGUUCAAUUUCAUUUAUAAUGCUCAAAACGCCAACCUUUCACUGUGUCAUUUAAAAAUUGGUCGAAACAUCUUGUAAAUACCUCAUUACCUUUAUAUUAUUAAUGGGUAUCGAAGGUUUACCUGGAUGAAAUAAGGCUGGCAUAUUGUAAUUCAUUUUUGUAGUUGACUCAUUCUUAACAUAUCAGCGUAUACACAGGAUAUGUUUUCUAUUAUUAAGCAAAUAUUUACUAAUAUGUGACCAUUGUAGGAUGUUAUGAGCUUAAAAAUAAGUUUUUAUAAUAAUAUUUAAAAAAGUAUGCUUGCUAGCAAUGAACUGAAGAAUGCACUGAGUUAACGAACUGAAAAUUUGUUAAAUUCUUUAAAAAUAGAAAUACUGAAGUACCUAAGCAUGCUACGGACUA